GCUUCAUUCAUCUACUAUAAGAAAUUCCCUCGCAGGAUAAAAAUUGGGAGCGUCAGUUAAUAUUAUUCUCUUAAUAACUGUUAUUAUUAUUAUUAGUACAUUUAUGUAGGUUAUAUACGUGCGCUAUACUGUAACCAUCCAGCAGCAGCAGGAAAAGAAACACAAGACUUGGUGGUCGGGCGAGAAAGUAGAAGAGAAAACCCUCGAAAGACAUAAUGCCCGAGCAGGACUUGUUUGCCUGGAAGCCCGAGUCUUGUCAGGAGGACUACUCGGUGCCGCCAGAUGGCGCGUAUGUGGCAGCUAGAGACUCGCUGGCCAGAAAGGUCCUGCCUGCCAAGAGCAAGCACAAGACCCUCAAGAUCUUCGGCGUCGUCAAGCAGUUGAUCGAUGCUGGGGUUAUUUGAGGGAAGGACUUGACCCGCAUUGCCUUGCCCGUGUCUGUGAAUGAGCCCCUGAGCAUGCUGCAGAGGAUUGCAGAGAGUCUCGAGUAUGGCUACUUGCUGGACAAGGCUGACCAGGCUGAUGACGCCAUCUUGAGGAUGGAGCUGCUCAUGGCCUUUUGUGUCAGUUGUCUGUCGUCCAGCAAAGACCGAAGCUUGAAGCCCUUCAACCCCGUUCUCGGGGAAACAUUCCAACUGGAGACACCCGAUUCCAGAUGCAUAGCGGAACAAAUCAGCCAUCACCCGCCAAUCUCCGCAUUCCACGCCCAGGGAAAGCAGUUCACUGUGUACUGCAACCUCCAGCCAAGGGUCGUCUUUUGGGGAAUGUCGCUAGAAGUGGACCCCAACAGCAACCACGUCAUCACUUUGAAGAGGCACAAUGAACAUUACUUCUGGACUGGUGUACCGAUCAUCAUCAAGAGCAUAUUGUUCGGCACCCCGCAUCUGGAAUACGACGGCGUGCUGGAGAUCCGGAAGCACAACUCGACGCUGCGAGGGAUCCUGGACUUUGCAGCCGGAAACAGGGCCAAGUCAUCGGACGUGGAAAGAACGCGUGUUGUUGGGACCAUCUUUGACGGUGAGCGGAAAUUGCGGAAUCUCAAGGGAUUUUGGGCAGACCACUUGAUGAGCACCUCUGCAACCGGCCCUGACUUCAGGAGGGCCUCAGCCGGCGCCAACAGUGGUGGUUUCCAUCGGCUGAGAAAUCCAGCAGAUGAGCAGGUUAAUAAGAGACGCUCGAACCAUCAGAAGGUCCGCAGUUCUGGUUCUUCUGCAGCCAAUAAGACGAACCGACAGAAGUCGCAGGCCAACAGCACUUUGAAAAUUGACAAAUGUGACCCAGGUGACUCGCAAAACGAUAGACUCUUGUUCAAGAUGACGGAAAGGCCUCCCAAAUCUAGUGAUUACUUCAGCUUCAGCUACUUCGCUCUGACUCUGAACCAGUUGCGACGCGAGCCUGGCAGCGACAUCUGUGCGACAGACUCGCGUUUCCGUCCAGAUCUGCGUCUCUUCGAAGAAGGCAAAGAGCAGCAAAGCGAAGAAGCCCGAGACAGGCUGCGACAACGCGCACAUGAGAACAGGAACAAGAAUAACACGACGACGACAGCAGCGAAUGAAGGGACAACUUCCACAUCACAUCAUCCUCACAAGCCCAGGUUUUUGAAAUUCGACUCCACUUUAACAGGAUUGACAUUUUGGUUUCUUUACUUGUUGACCUCAACGAACAUUAUACAAUAA